AUGACGUUGCAGAUCAAGGUUGCCCAGUCGGGCAGCAUGCUCAAGAUCCAGUCCCACGACGACUGUGUCGAUGCGACCAAUGCCGCUGUUCAGUCCCUGUUCAUGUACCGGCUGCAGCUCGCUCCAGACGUUGCAGUUGAGCCAGUCACGCUCGUCCUGGGCUCUCAUAGCAUUCCGCCGCUGCAGAACCGCCAUCAAGCCAUUUCAUUUUUGGCCCAUCUCAUUGAGUCACAUCCCAACGGUUGGACGAUCGUGCACCUGGCACUCAGCAAGAAUCCACACUUUGGCCCGUCGCAGCUGCCCUUGCGGCUGUGGCUCGAAGAGUUUGAAGCGGUCGUGUCCGAGAAGAUGAAGCAGUGGAACGGCAUCCGUGACUUGUCGAAGCACAUCUUUGAGAUGCUCGCCGGCGACACGUUCAUCUGGGAGCCUAUCUGCGCCGCACCAGACUGGAGCCACCUGGAGCCCGACCUCUUGAAGUAUAUGAUACUGACACCCGCUCUGAACUAUCAGCUCGCUUGUCUGCGUCUCAUCAAAACAAUCGUCAGUCAUGCUCCAGGCCACACCAGCCAAGACAGAAAUCAGGUCCGCGAGAUCUUGGAGGCGCAUCGCAAGAAACAAAUCUUUGAGAAGCUGAGUCUUUGCCCCGAGCAGUCGGUUCGCGAUUUGCUCGAGUCCAUCAUCCUCGCCGAGCAGGCGGACCAGUACCCGCACGUCCAGAUGCUCACGAGCCCCACGAUCCGCACGAGAAUGCGCUUCCAGAACGGCUGAUUCCUGCCCCUUCAAAUACAAAAGCUACACUGUAUCCAGAGGGAAAUGGGACAACACAGCCGUUUCCAUGAAC